AUUCGCCUGCAGAGGCUACCCGGUGGAAGACUGCAAAAAUGUCGAAAAUAUUUCAGAAUUCGCUGCUGCAGCGCAGCACACGCUACCAGCUGCUGGCCACAGUGAUCGUGAACAUCAUCAUGUUUGGCCAUGGCAUUGGCGUGGGCUGGCUAUCGCCGACGCUGACCAAAAUCCAAACAGCCGAUUCCCCCUUGGAGUUUGCUGUGAACAUCGCUGAGAUCUCCUGGCUGGGCUCGAUGCUCGGUCUGGGCAGCCUGUGCGGCAAUCUGAUCAUGGCCACGCUCCUGGAACGAGCGGGCAGAAAGUUUUGCAUUUAUUUAAUGGCUGCACCGAAUGCGUGCUUGUGGAUUUUUAUUUAUUGCGCCUCCAGUGUGGGUCAUCUGUAUGCGGCGCGUUUCCUGUGCGGCUUUACGGGCGGUGCUGGCUACGUGGUCAUACCCAUUUUCAUCAGUGAAGUUGCCGAUACCAGGAUUCGCGGUGCGCUGAGCUCUAUGGUGAUGCUGUCCGUCAAUCUGGGCAUAUUGGCUGGCUAUAUAUUGAGCGCAUAUCUGCCGUACCACCUUGUGCCCUGCUUGGGCAUAUUGCUGCCCAUUUGCUACUUUCUGGCCAAUUGUCUGCUGCCCGAAACGCCGCCAUAUCUGCUGAAGCGCAGCCAGCUGAACGCAGCUGAGAAAUCGUUUCAGUACUAUGGAAAUCUGCGUGCAGAAACAGCCAGCUGCCAGUUUGAAGAGCUGCGAUUGGCUGUGCUGGCCCAGCAGUUGCAGCACACCACAAGCUCCCCGAGCUACAGCGAUUUGACUAACCGGCCCGCGCUGAAGGCUUUCGGGGCUGCCGCUGUGCUGUGCAUGGGCUAUCAGUUCAGUGGCGUCUUCAGCUUCAUCAACUAUAUGUCCGAUAUAUUCGCGGCCUCUGGCUCGCUGCUGGAUGUCAACAGCUGCACCAUUAUCAUUGGCGUAGUGCAGAUUGUGGGCGUGUAUACCUCCACGAUAUUCGUGGACAUUGUGGGCCGACGACUGCUCAUGCUGCUGUCCACUCUGGGCGUCGGUCUGGGCUGCAUCGCCUUCGGCUGCUUCACCCACUUUGCCCAGCUCCACGAUCUCAGCGCGUUCAACUGGCUGCCACUGGCACUGAUGAUACUCAUUGUGUACCUGGGCAACAUCGGACUCAUUGGCAUCUUCUUUCUGGUGCUGGUCGAACUGUUUCCCUCGAAGAUACGCUCCCUGGCCAGCUCCAUUUCGGUGAUAUUUCUGAGUCUGCUCGUCUUUUGUACGCUGAAGCUAUUCCCUUUGCUGCUACACUUUUGGGGCAUAUCGAUUACCAUGUGGUUCUCGGCCAUUUCGGCUCUGCUCACGUUUGUUUACUUUUUGCUGUUUUUGCCCGAAACCAAGGGAAAAUCUAUGAUUGAAGAUUAAAAUGAGAACUUUUAUCUAACCCACAAGGGGGCAACAUACACUGGCAGGCGCAUUCAGUUUGCAGUUUCCAGCGCAGCCAUGACGUUUAAUUUGCGGCUGGCGUCGCUCUUUGACGAUCCCAACUGCCUGCUGAGUGCCCGGAACCGCUAUCAACUGCUGGUCACACUGCUGGUGAACAUUGCCACCUUCUCGCAUGGCCUGGGCGUGGGCUGGAUGUCCCCAGUGAUGAGGCAACUGCAAACAGCAGACUCUCCGCUGGACUUUGCAGUGCUUGUGCACGAGAUAUCCUGGAUUGGUUCGCUCGUGGGCAUUGGCAGUGUGUUGGGCAAUCUGCUGGCGGGCACGCUCCAGGAUCGCAUUGGCCGCAAAAUGGUCAUGUUUGGCAUUGCCAUUCCCUAUGCGAUCUUCUGGUGUCUCAUUUACUUUGUGCAGAGUGUGGAGUAUCUGUAUGUGGGUCGCCUGAUGGCCGGCAUGACUGGCGGCGCCUGCUACGUCGUGCUGCCCACUUUCAUUAGCGAAAUUGCGGAUAGCCACAUUCGCGGUCGCUUGGGCUCCAUGAUCUUGCUGUCCGUGAACAGCGGAGUGCUCACCGGCUACAUUGUGUCCACGACGGUUGACUACUUCACGGCGCCACCUUUCAUUGUCGCCCUGCCGAUCUGCUACUUUAUCUGCAAUUUCCUGUUUCCGGAGACGCCGCAUCAUCUCAUACGCCAGGGUAAGCUGGCAGCAGCUGAGAAAUCCUUUCGCUUCUACAAGAACAUCCAAAGCGAGGACAUCAAGGCGCAGCGCGAGUUCGAGCAGCUGAAGUUGGCGCUGAACAAGGCGCAAGCACAGAGCGACAUGUCCUUCAACUACAGGGAUUUCAUCACCAGGCCCGCUCUGAAGGCCUAUGCCCUGGCCCUCACCCUGCUCGUGUGCAACCAAUUCAGCGGCAGCUUCUGCAUCACCACCUACCUGUCGGACAUCUUUGCCGCCUCGCACACCACCCUGGACGUGGGCAUGUGCACCAUUGUGAUUGGCGUGCUGCAAAUCGUGGGCAACUAUGUCGCGACGCUGCUCUGCGACAAGUACGGACGCCGGAUUCUCAUGCUAGUCUCCAGCGCGGGCGCGGCUGUGUGCCUGGCUGCCUUCGGCUGCUUCACCCACCUGGCCAGCAGUCGGGAUCUAUCGGCGGUGGGCUGGCUGCCCCUACUCAUACUCUGCUGCUACGUGUUCCUGUGCAACAUUGGCAUGGUGGGCUGCCUGUUUGUGUUGCUCGUGGAGCUGUUUCCAGCCAAGAUCCGUUCCGUGGGUGUAUCAACGUUUGUGGUGAUUCUCAGCUCCACAGUUUUUCUCACACUCAAAAUCUUUCCCAUUUGUGUGUCGGUCUGGGGCAUUUCCGUGACCAUGUGGUGCUGCAGUGUGAUUACGUUUUGUUGCUUUCUCUGCUUCAGCUGGAAGCUGGAGGAGACCAAAGGCAAAUCGCUACUGGAGGCUUAG